AAAUUUCCCAUAAAUUUAUUGUUACAAUCUGUGAACCCACAUGAACAAACACAUUCAUAUUCAUACUCUCUUACUCAAAACAAAACUUCUCCUUCCUAGCAUCCCACCAAACAAAAAUGACCGAACUAGACAAACCUAAAUCCUCCUCCUCACCCUCCGCCCACCCUCCGCCGCAAUCUCAACCCUUACCACCUCCUCAGUACGGUACUUUCCAAGGCGUCUCUAACUUCCCACCUCCUCACCCUGCCAUCGGCUUCCCUCAACCCGUCCCCCCUCCCGGCUCCGAUCCCUCCGCCCCUCCCUAUUACCCUCACGGCUACCAAGCUUAUCCCGGUUAUGUAGUUGCGGAAGGAAGACCUGUGAGAGAAAGACGACUUGGGUGUUGCGGUAUUGGUUGUGGCUGGUGCUUGUUUAUAUUGGGUUUCUUCCUCGGUGCUAUCCCGUGGUAUGUUGGGGCAAUAAUUAUGCUUUGUUGCAGGGUAGACUAUCGAGAGAAGCCUGGAUACAUCGCCUGUAUAGUUGCUGCUGUUGUGGCUACAGUUGCUAUUGUCCUUGGAGCGACAAAUUUAGCAAAUGAAUGGUAAUCUUCACUUCAAGAGUUGUAAAUGUUUUGGCUAGACUCUGUAUCUAAACUGUACUAAAACUUGUGUCUCCAUGAGAGAUUUACAUAUACCAACCAUAUAUUCAAUGAAUCAUGUAAUUGUAUUGUUUGAUUUCUUACAA